AAAUGUCUUUCUUGGCGACGUGAACCCCAAAUGCCUUGAUUAGGGCUGGGAAAGUGGCCAAUAUCCCCCACAAGCCAGAGAAUGCAGAAGGUGACAGGCUGGAGAAAACAAAUGGGGAAAACCCAGGAAAAAAAAUAACCACAACUUUUUUUAUUGAGCAGGGGUGGGGCCUGGAGGGGAGAGAGGAAGAGAGAGAGCACAAGUAAGCAAGCUCAGGUCAUCAUGUAAGGAAAGCAAGAAAGGGUUUCCCUUCACUGGCUACCUCAUGGAGGGCUGGAGAUGGAGGGAUAUCAGCUGUCCUCUCCAGCCUUGCUUGAAAGCCCAGCACUGCUUCUUGGAGCUGGUACCUAGGAGUGAAAGCAAAGCCUGGUGGGGAGUGGCUGGGUACAUUGAGAAAACCUUCUCUAGAAACAGCUGAACAAGCAACAGGAAAGGUUGUGGAGGAAGAGGAGAUGGUGACACCACAGAAAAGCAGAAGUUAUCGAGUGACCACAGCCUACUCGCAGCCCUCAGCUGGAUGGAUUCCUUCAGCAUUACCCAGCAGACAAGAUCACACUACGGUGCUUCUGAUACUACCGGAGGGACCCACCUUCCAAAUUCUGCAAGGAGCAGCGCACGGGGACCCUACAGACAAUGUUCUCUACGACACAACACAGAUUCAGCCCCAGCACAGGCUCAUCCUGCGCACUGAAGGAGACUGGGGUCUUGUGGACGAAACAGGGCUGGACUCAACACUGUUCAUGAAGCAGAAAUUCUGCCAAGAACCCAACUCUCCCAGCAGCUCAGCACUGCAGGUGCAACGUAAGCUGCUGCUCAAGAUGCAAACUUGCUCCUUGUCUAUGCUGAAGGCCUUGGCCAGUACAAUAACAUUUGCAAUCAUUCUCUGGAAUCUGAAUUUCCUUGACUACCAAUCUGAGGUCCCUGGCCCAGCCCUGGGGCACAGCAAACCCCUGACAGUGCUGAUCUGGCACUGGCCCUUCCGUCACACCCAGAACCUCAGCACUGAUGUUUGCGCAGACCACUACAGGAUCAAGGGCUGCCAGGUGACGGGGGAUCACAGGCUCUUUAGCCAGGCAGAUGUUGUGGUGUUCCAUCACCAGGAGCUGCAGAAGGACAAGGAAAGACUCCCAACAGAAAGGAGGCCUCCUGGACAAAACUGGGUGUGGGUUACCCUGGAGUCCCCCACCAACACUAAGGCACUGACUGGAUGGAACCGAACCUUCAAUUGGGUCAUGACAUACAGACAAGACUCAGACAUCUUCAUGCCUUAUGGGGAGCUUGUGCGCCAUUCAUCAGCCAGCGUGGACAUUCCAACUAAAACCGGCUUGGUGUCCUGGGUCAUCAGUAACUACCACCGGACUCAGAAGAGGGCCCAGGUCUACAGAGAGCUGUCCAGGCACCUCCAAGUGAACGUGUACGGGAAAGCAAACAAGAAGCCACUGUGCCCAGACUGCCUCUUGCCGACCACCUCCAAAUACAAGUUCUACCUGGCCUUUGAGAACUCCAUCCACCAGGACUACAUCACUGAGAAGCUGUGGAGGAAUGCGCUGCUGGCCGGCACCGUGCCGGUGGUGCUGGGGCCCCCCCGAACCAACUACGAGAAGUUCAUCCCUGCAGACUCCUUCAUCCACAUUGAGGACUUCGGCUCCAUGAAGGAGCUGGCCAGCUUCUUGAAGACCAUGAACUCCAGCCGCUACAGGGCCUUCUUCGAGUGGAGGAAGAGGUAUGGGGUGAAGCUCUACACAGACUGGCAAGAACGGUUCUGCACCAUCUGCACCAAGUACCCCCACCUGGCCCAGGGGCAAAUCUACCCUGACCUGGAGAGCUGGUUCAGUGUUUGAGAAGAUGGGGCUCGGCCAAGCUGAGGCUUUUCAGAGAUGUGUGACUUGCACAGAGAAGCCAAGCUGUCUGUGUUAGUGGAAAAGGAUGUCUGAGUGGACUGGCUAAUUCUGAGUCAAGUGGCUGGUGGGGUGACUGAGGGCACUGAGCAGGACCUGGGUCUGAGAGCCAGGAGCUCUGAGUCCUGGUUCCAGCUCUGACACAGACUUGCUGAGACCUGAGCGUGUCGCUGGUACUCAGCUUCCCCGUCUAUAAAAGGCUCGUACACUUACCUACCUCACAGGGGUGUUGUGAGGAUUAACCAGUGCCUUGGAAAUGGCUAGUUGCUCCCCUUUGCCCCCUCAGGAAUAAAUGGGGCAGAGGAGUGAGGUUGGGGGGAGGGGUAAAUGUGACCCCCUGCUCUGCAUUAUUGUAUUUCAGUGCUAGUGUGGGGCAGAUGGGGGCACUAGCAAGGAUAGUGAGAUCAAUGAACUCUCCCUGGGGUGCAAAACCCUUUCAGAUGCCAGCCAGACCUCGAGCUGCAGAAGGAAGGCCGGUCUCUUCCUUGCACUCUCCUUUCUGGGAGGUGCUCAGAUGCCCUCCCAGCGACAGGCGCCCAUGUAAGAAACUGAAGCGAUAGAAGGAGGGGCUCCAAUUGGUCUGUCCUUGUUGUGUGGUCCGUUUCCUCCCAGCGCCGGAGCCCCUGCCAUUUUGGUGGUGGCGAGAGCAGGCGCGCCAGUCCCAAAGAGAUUUCUUGUCUUGCUUCUUUUUAGUCAGUCCCGGUGCACUGCUUGGGGGGCACCAGCUGCGCUGGUGUGGUGAGUGCUGGCAAGGCACAGCCCUUUCUCAAGAACAAUCACAGCCCGUUCAGUGCUGGGACAAGUCAUAGGGGGAUGGCUGUGGUUUCUCACUCCUGUCUCGUAUUCUUCAUAUCUCUGACAGGAAGCCGUUGAGUCUGGUUUCGCUCUGAUGUGAGGUUCCCUGCAGCAGGUAUGGCCUGCCCGAGCCCUGAAUGCACCCGUGGAAGGAGUGACUUUACGGGAGGAGUCCUUGUGGUACCUUAGAGACUUCGUGAUGAAGUGGGUUCUAGCCCACGAAAGUUUAUGCCCAAAUAAAU